AUGCCGCCAGGAGGUGUUACUGGGUUUCCGCUAGCAGCACGAGUGCCACAAGCAGGAGUACCACCAGGAACGAUAUCACCAGUUGGUGUACCACAAACUGGAGUACCGCCACCUGGGAUACAGCCAGCAGCUGUUAUCCCACCCAGUAUUCCACCAGUAGGAUCCCCCCCAGGGAGACUACCUCCAGUUGGACCAUCAUUAGUUUUACCUACUGCUCCAGUGGCCUUGCCAGGGGGACAAGAACCCGGAAAUGAGGCUCUGAGUAAAAGGCCCCUGCACCCGAAUCCAGUAGUUCCUUCUCUUGUACCCGUCGAAGAUGAGAAGCUGGACCUUGUGUUCUUGCUUGAUGGAUCGACCUCUAUCACAAAUGCCGGUUUUCAGGAUGCUAAGCUGUUCAUCAAAAAACUGUACAGCAAUUUUCCUAUUGGGGAAUAUUCAACUCAUGUUGGUCUUGUUGUCUUUGGUGAAGAAUCGAAAACAAUUUUCGACUUAAUCGAAUACACCGACAAACAAACGCUUGAUAUGAAGCUUCCUUCACUUCUGAAAUAUGAUUCUUCCGGGAACUUUCUGGGUAGGGGACUGCAAACUGUUAAGAAAAAUGUUUAUGACGUUAGUGCACGACCGGGAGGACAUCAAGUACUUGUGAUCAUCGCGGCAGGAAGCUCACAGGAUGAUGUGAAAGCACCUUCGCGCGACUUGAGAGACGAGGGUGUCAGGAUUUUCUGCGUAGGAAUUGGUAAUAACGUAGAUGUUAAUCAACUUCAAAAUGUUGUAACAGCUCCUGAAAGGGAACAUUUAGCUACGGUGAGUUCAGAUAAGCUGGAUACACUGCUGGGACCUGUGGUGCAGAAUAUCAGAAAAGAUAUCACAGAAACUGUGGUUCCAUUAAGACUUGCUGAUUUUGAUAGUGAAGUAGAAGAUGAAAGAGGAAAAAUUAUAAAUGAUGAGGGAAAGAGUCAAGGCCAGAUUUCGGCAGUAAAUUGUUUGAAUGCAAGGGUUUUAGGGGUGAUCUUUGGAGUAUUGUGA